GUUUGUGCUGGAUAUUUACGUGGACAUUACAGUUGGUCAACGCUGUAACAAAGGUUAUCAACAAUCAAGUCUCUUUGAAAACCACGUUAUUCACAGGCGAAAAAUGGCUUCAAGAAACUAUCUUUUCUUUUGCUCAUUUUUCAUUUUUCUCUUCUGGGCUGGUGCUACAAAGGAAGAAAAUGAAAACGAGCUUCAAGAUUCCUCUGUUGGUUGUGAUUCUCCUUCUUCUAUAAUAUGUGGAGUACCGGCCGGAGAAAAUUGCUUAGGAGACUCGUGUUACACGUUUAACACAGACAGAACAAGAACAUGGAAGGAUGCCCGAGACGAAUGUAAUAAAAGUAAUAAUGGUGACUUGGUUUCCAUAGAAACAAAAGAAGAACUGGUCUAUUUACAGGAAAAGAUCAAGAAACUCAACCUUCAACAUCAUAAAGAGUGGUACAUUGGUCUCUCAGUUAAAGGCUCACUAUGGGAAUGGUUCAGUGGGAAGCCUCUUACAAUUAACCAUUGGUAUAAUGAUGAACCAAGUAAUUAUUUCUGGAAAGAAGACAUCGUUUACAUAUCACGACAGCCUCCUGCAGGUGGCUUUGGCGACUAUUACAAGAAGUACCCCAGAGGUGCAAUAUGCGAAACAAAAAGAGUAUCCAAUGGAAAGUAUUGCUAUGAUACCUCUUGUUAUACAUUUCUAAAUCGAGAACAGUAUUAUGAUGUUCACAGAAAACAAUGUAAAAAAUUAGGAGGCGAUUUAGUUUCACUAGAAACAGAAUGUGAAUGGGCCUACAUCACUAAAGAAAUCAGGCGACAAAAAGUCACCGGCAACCACAGCCAUGCAAACGACGAUUGGUUCAUUGGUCUUUCAAGGAAACCUCUUACGUCGUGGAAAUGGGUUAACAGUGCAUCUAAUUCUUUCGACAAACGCAUAUGGACGCAUACAUAUCCCAGGGGUAGAUCACCAUAUGUUUCAAUGGGGAUCGCCGCUUUAUCAAAAAAUCCCGAGAGAAUCUUCAAAGAUGCGCUAUCCGCCUGUGACGAAAAGCCGUUUAUUUGCGAGAAAAAAAUAGAGUACCAUCCACCAACAUAACUCAAGAACAACCAAAAUCACAUUAUCUAGGAUGAUGAAAUUUGAAAAAAUGCAUUAAAAAUAAAAGAAAUUAAACCUAAA